AUGAUUACCAGGCUAAUCCUGAUAUCGUCGCUGUUAUUAGUAUUAUUCUCACGUGCGGCUUCCUCUGAUGCUGGGGUACACGAAGCGGGACUCACGUGCGGGUCUUUUCAGUACCCCGGAGAAGAUUCAGCCAAGUUAAGCCAAGACUUCAUGGCUCUAAUGGAUGCGUUGUCGUUUCAGGUUAAAGAACAUGGUUGGGGAGCACAGACAUUGCUUGGUUCUGGGAAUCCAAUGUACGCAUUAGGUCAAUGCCACCGUGACCUCAAUCUCACACAGUGCUACACGUGCUUCGGCCAAUCAAGGCAAUUAUUAUCACGAUGCAUGCCUAAGACAGCUGGUAGAAUCUACCUUGACGGUUGCUUCCUUCGUUAUGACAACUACUCGUUCUUUCGCGAAAGCUUGGAUCCUAGUCAUGACAUCAACGUGUGCGAGUCAAGGAAUCCGUUGGGGAACGACGGUGACAAACGUGUUGCGUCGGUGAUUUUGAACGUGACGCAGGCCGCGUCGGAACGCAAGUUUGCGGUGGAUGAAGGUGAGGGUGUAUUUGCCUUGGCACAGUGCUGGGAGACACUGGAUAAAUGGAACUGCGAGAGAUGUUUGAGAGAGGCAGGGAGAAAACUGCAGGAAUGUGUGCCUGCAGCUGAGGGUAGGAGUCUCUUUACUGGUUGCUUUUUCAGAUAUUCAACUCGCAAAUUCUACCACGAUGUUACAGUCUCAGUCAUUGAUACAAAGAAUUCUGCAGGAAGGCCUAAAAGAAGGCACAGUGUCUGGUUGAUCGUUGCAUGUGUUGUAUUGGCAAUUGUAGCGGUUUUAUUAAUCAUUCUGGCUGCAUUUCUAUGCUGGAGAAGAAAAGCAUUGUAUAGAAAAGUAAGCGACCUCGGUGGUGCGUCACCUGGUUUUGCCUACAUAGCUGGUUUUAGUUUUAGGUACGAUUUGCUUGAGAAGGCCACAAAUUAUUUUGAUCCUGCAAACAAAUUAGGGCAGGGUGGAUCUGGUUCUGUGUUCAAGGGAACCCUACCCUCAGGGAGCAUAGUUGCUGUUAAACGACUGUUUUUCAAUACACGACAUUGGACAGAUGGGCUCUUCAAUGAGCUCAAUUUGAUUAAUGGAAUUCAACACAAGAAUGUGGUGAAACUUUUGGGGUGCAGCAUUGAAGGCCCUGAAAGCCUGUUGGUUUAUGAAUUUGUCCCCAAUAGAAGUCUUAAUCAAGUCCUUUUCGGUAAGGACUCAGUAAAUGCUCUGCCAUGGGAACGCCGGUUUCAAAUCAUAUGUGGAAUAGCAGAGGGCUUAGCAUACCUUCAUGGAGGCUCUGGAACAAAGAUUAUUCAUAGAGACAUAAAGUCUAGCAACAUUCUACUUGAUGAUAAUCUUAAUCCAAAAAUAGCUGAUUUUGGUCUUGCUCGUUGUGUUGCUGAAACUAAAUCUCAUCUUAGCACAGGAAACACAGGGACACUGGAAUAUUUGGCUCCUGAGUAUCUUGUCAAAGGACAAAUGACAGAGAAGUCAGAUAUCUAUGCUUUUGGUGUGUUGGUUGUUGAAAUUGUCUGUGGUAAAAAGAACAGUGUUUACAAACCGGGAUCAACUUCAAUACUCCAUAGUGUCUGGAAGAAUUACAAGGGAAAUAAUAUCACAGCAUCCGUUGAUCCCGCUUUGUAUGGCAAGUUUAAAGUAGAAGAGGCAUCAAAUGCGCUCCAAGCUGGCCUUCUUUGCACACAAUCUUCUGUUUCUCUUAGACCACCCAUGUCUGAAGUAGUUCAGAUGCUAACCAAGAACGACUACGUUAUUCCCACCCCAAAACAACAACCAUUCCUCAAAUCUAUUGUGCCAAAUCUAGAUGACCCCAACCUAACUUCCACAAUGAGCAUUGUAUCCUCAAAUGGGCAAGCAAGUGCAAGGUCCUCUUUCCACAGUACCACCAGUUCCCUAACACCAAUUGAGGAUUUAACAGUACUAGAGAAUUACGUUUCUUCUUCACCCAGGUUCACCUUUACGGCGAGCCCUGACUCAAAUAUCCAAGUAAAUAUUGGCGCACCUGAACCUAGGUAG